AUGUGCAUUACUGCCUCAGACGCUCUCCCUUCGCCUUCACAAAGGGGAGAUCGUCAACUAGCGUCGCCCCCGCGGCCCCGUCAGUCGACAAUUGCAUCGUCGCCGUCGACACCACCGACACCUCGUCAGGCUCAAAAUGAAGAUCAGGAGCAGGAUCAUCAGCAACAGGAGCAACGAUGUCGUCAGCACAAGGUCAAUAAUUUUAAUUAUAUAGAUUUGCGGACGGAAAACUCGCGGCAAUUUAGGAAUUUCACGAUUCUGGGGAGAGAGGCGACUUUCGCGAUACGGCCGCCACCUGAAGGUAGCGAUAUCGCUCAAUGGCUAGAAAACGCGUUUCGUGAAAUUCGAACGUAUGCGAUAUAUACGUGCGAACCGAGCGAUUACGUCGGAUUAUCGUUUGAGUCGAGUGAUCUAACGCGUGGUCUAGCGGGUUUGUCGUUUCGUCCAGCACGUGACCUAACCCACGAGGACAUAUGGAGGCUCGUGAGUUCGUUGGCGCAAGGUGCUGGAGGAAUCGAUAUCGCGGAAAAUUUCACGGUACGCGUUUUUAGAGUUGCGCUAUCUACCGGUCGCGGACGUCAGUCCAAUCGAUUAACGCACGAAGACGUAGUCAAACGCUUGAUUUUACAAAUUGUCAAUUCCGACAAUUUAUGUUUUCCCCGUUCGCUUGUAGCGGCACGCGUGCAUUACGAUCGCGGGCAAUUACGCGUAGGAGAACUACAUGAAAGAUGGGAAUCCGUGAGACAUCAGUGUUCUUCUUUACAACGCGAGUUGGCUAAAGAAUUAACGAUUUCUGCGGGUAUCACGAUUCCCGAGGAGGGAUGCGGAAUUCGUGAAAUUGAGCAAUUUCAACGGUUUUUCGCUGCGGAAAAUAUCGCGAUGGUUGUUUACAAUUUCAGUACUUUUGGUCGCGGCGAGAAUCCGUUAAAAGAAUUUGUAGAUUUCGCAACGCGAACGUCAAAAUAUUUUAACAAAAUAAUUUGUAUCGCGCAUAAUGCGAAAGCGUUUGACGCUCAGUUUAUCUUAAAAUACAUCGUAAAACGAUCUGGCAUAAUUCAAGAGCCACGGAUGAUUUUGAACGGGACGAAAAUUAUCAUGAUGACGGUCGGUAACACAAAAUUUAUUGAUAGCUCAAAUUAUAUGCCGAUGCGAUUAUCUGAUUUACCUAAGGGUUUCGGACUGCAGGAUACAUCGGGUAAAGGCAUCUUUCCUCAUUUAUUAAAUAGAAAAGAGCAUCAAGCAUAUAUCGGACCAAUACCUAGCGCACGGUAUUAUUCGCCCGAACAAAUGAAACCCGAGGAACGCGAGCAUUUUAUAAAAUGGCACGACGAUAUGACACAAUCCGGCUUCAUUUUUUAUUUUCAACGCGAAAUAGUCAAAUAUUGUCGUAACUACGUCCUUCGACGGGCCUGCUUGGCUUUCAGGAAAAUCUUUCUUGAACGCGGGAGCGUGUGUGCGUUCGUGGAAUGCACAACUAUCGCUUCUACGUGUAUGAAAGUUUUUCGCAGAAACUUUUUACGCGGGAAAGAAAUAGGAGUCAUUCCAGUGGGUGGAUACAGAUAUAGAGAUAAUCACUCGCCCAAAGCCGUGCAGUGGUUGGUGUGGAUGGAGCGUGAGCUCAAUCAACGGAUAAGCCACGCGGGGCGAGGGCGCGAAUUUCGGAUUGCCGGUACGCCCGUCGAUGGAUAUUACGAAACUGAUUUGGAGAACGAGACGCAACGUUACGUGUUACAAUUUCACGGAUGCUUUUGGCAUGGGUGUCCAUCAUGCUUCCGAAUAAAUUGCGAGAGAAAACUCAAUUCUUCCACCGAUCAUGGCGAUACGAUCGACACGCGCUACGAGCGAACUCUCGCGGCGACAUGGCGUCUUCGACGACGGGGAUACCUGGUGAUGGAGAAAUGGGAGUGCGAUUUCGACCGAGAAAUACGUGAGAAUAGUGAGAUGCGCGAUUUUCUUGAAAAUGCUCAGAUAAUAAAGAACUCGCCUCUCGAUCCGCGCGAUGCAUUUUUCGGUGGCCGAACGGGGAAUAUAGCAACCCGAUGCGAUGUUGCAGGAACGGAGAAAAUACGCUACAUAGACGUAUGCUCUCUGUAUCCCUAUGUACUGAAAACGGGUGCUUUUCCAAUCGGUCACCAAAAGAUCUACAUCGGAGAGGAAUGUUCCGAGUUAAUCGGCGUAUUUCCGGAUUUCGAUUUCAACUCGCUCGGAGGACUAAUUCGUUGUAAAGUACUCCCUCCGCGCGAUCUCUUUCAUCCGGUACUCCCGUAUCGCGUACGCGGCAAAUUGUUGUUCGCGCUAUGUCGCAGUUGCUGCGAAACGUUCUCGCAAGCUGAGUGUACUCACAGUCUCGCCGAGCGUGAAUUCGAGGGUACCUGGGUAUCCUGUGAAUUACGCAAAGCCGUCGAGAAAGGUUAUCGCGUGUCGGAAGUGAGAGAAAUUUGGCAAUACAAGGUCACGCGAUAUGAUCCCGAUACGUGGCAGGGUGGAUUGUUUACCGGAUAUAUCAAUAGUUUUUUGCAAUUGAAGCAGGAAGUUAGCGGAUGGCCGAACGAAUGCGUGGAUGACGAAGCUAAGGAGCGAUAUCUUCGGGAAUACGAGGAAACCGAGGGGAUCAUUCCUGCAUAUAUAUAA